GCGGUUUAGUAUAAAUUGGACUCGAACGAACGUAAAUGUAUCAGUCUCACUGUUAAGUCGAGAGGAUAAUACAACAUGUACGCUAAACUGUUCAUCGUCUACGCCGUCGCCGUGGUAGCGCUAGCCCGCGAGUACCCGGCCGGACUCCACCCCGCAGUCUGCCCCAACUACCCCUACUGCGACACAAAUGCCUUUGCCAGAUUCACCCCGGAGGGCAUGCCGAUACCCGAAUGGAUUUACAACCCUUCUAUCCUACCCGUAGCUCCUGCUGACCCCCACGCAAACGCUGCCCCAAAAUACCCAGCCAACCUCAACCCAGCCAGUUGCCCCAACUACCCCUACUGCUGGUGAACAGUUUAGACACAUCGGCCAGCCUUCCUGACCCACAUGUUAAUGCCAGACAUUUCUACGAAACGUUACUUCAAAUGUCUUUGACGUCUUGUCACUUUGACAUUUAGUUUUUUUUCCCUCGAUCAAGCUUUAGCUUAACGCGUUUCGUAAAAUCUCUGCUUGUGUUAGCAAUGUACUGCCAUAUUUUUAUACUGUACCUUUAAAUUUGUAAAUAAAUCUCGACUGAUUAUUUGCUCGGCAUUUGGUUUAAUAUUUUUAUAUUAAAUGGAAUUGUAAAAAUUUGUAAAUAAAUAUGGUAAACAUA